GAGAGAAGGCGGGGCCCGAGGCGGCGCGGCGUUCCCAGGAGGCUGUGCGGCCCUCGCUUCUCCGGGUCGGCGCGUGAACGGCUUCCGCGGCGCAGCGAUGGCGCUCCACGUCCCCAAAGCCCCGGGCUUCGCGCAGAUGCUCAAGGAGGGAGCGAAGCACUUCUCCGGGUUGGAAGAGGCCGUGUACAGGAACAUCCAGGCCUGCAAGGAGCUCGCCCAGACCACUCGCACGGCGUAUGGGCCCAACGGGAUGAACAAAAUGGUUAUCAACCACCUGGAGAAGCUGUUUGUGACAAAUGAUGCUGCGACCAUUCUAAGAGAGCUAGAAGUGCAGCAUCCUGCUGCUAAGAUGAUCGUGAUGGCCUCGCACAUGCAAGAGCAAGAGGUGGGAGACGGCACCAACUUCGUGCUGGUGUUUGCCGGCGCUCUGCUGGAGCUGGCUGAGGAGCUCCUGAGGAUUGGCCUGUCGGUCUCCGAGGUCAUCGAAGGAUACGAAAUAGCCUGCAGGAAAGCCCACGAGAUUCUUCCUAGUUUGGUUUGUUGUUCUGCAAAAAAUCUCCGAGAUGUUGAUGAAGUGGCGUCUCUCCUCCACACAUCCAUCAUGAGCAAGCAGUAUGGUAACGAAGCCUUUCUGGCCAAGCUCAUCGCCCAGGCCUGUGUGUCCAUCUUUCCCGAGUCGGGCCAUUUCAACGUGGAUAACAUCAGAGUUUGUAAGAUUCUGGGCUCAGGCAUCUGUUCCUCUUCGGUCCUGCAUGGCAUGGUUUUCAAGAAAGAAGCGGAAGGGGAUGUGACCUCUGUCAAAGACGCUAAGAUAGCCGUGUACUCGUGUCCCUUCGACGGCAUGAUAACCGAGACCAAGGGAACAGUGCUGAUAAAGACUGCCGAGGAGCUGAUGAACUUCAGCAAGGGGGAAGAAAACCUGAUGGACGCCCAGGUCAGAGCCAUCGCUGACACCGGGGCGAAUGUCGUCGUCACGGGCGGCAAGGUGGCAGACAUGGCUCUCCAUUAUGCAAACAAAUACAACGUCAUGCUGGUGAGGCUGAACUCAAAGUGGGACCUCCGGCGGCUGUGUAAGACCGUUGGUGCUACGGCUCUGCCUAGGCUGACUCCUCCUGUGGCUGAGGAGAUGGGGCAUUGUGACAGUGUUUCCCUCUCGGAAGUGGGGGACACCCAGGUGGUGGUCUUCAAGCAUGAAAAAGAGGACGGGGCCAUCUCCACCAUCGUGCUCCGAGGCUCCACAGACAACCUGAUGGAUGACGUGGAGAGGGCGGUGGACGACGCUGUGAACACUUUCAAAGUUCUCACCAGGGAUAAACGUCUUGUGCCUGGAGGUGGAGCAACAGAAAUCGAGUUAGCCAAGCAGAUCACGUCCUACGGAGAGACGUGUCCUGGGCUGGAACAGUACGCCAUCAAGAAGUUCGCGGAGGCGUUUGAAGCUAUUCCCCGGGCACUGUCGGAGAACUCGGGGGUUAAAGCCAACGAAGUCAUCUCCAAACUCUAUGCAGUACAUCAGGAAGGAAAUAAAAACGUUGGAUUAGAUAUUGAGGCUGAAGUCCCUGCUGUGAAGGACAUGCUGGAGGCUGGUGUCCUGGACACGUACCUAGGGAAGUACUGGGCCAUCAAACUGGCUACCAACGCCGCCGUCACUGUGCUCAGAGUGGACCAGAUCAUCAUGGCCAAACCGGCUGGUGGGCCCAAGCCUCCCACUGGGAAGAAAGACUGGGAUGACGACCAAAAUGACUGAGGGGGUUAAUUUUGCUGUAGGUAGUAGUUGUAGUGAGUAGGUAUUGCCUGGCGCUUUUCUUAAGACGUGUUGUGUUUGUGUCCUUGGCUGGACAAUGCAGUAAAGGUGUUGUUACUAUCAAA